ACGCGCAGUCUUUUGCGCAAAAACCGCAAAGUGGUCGAAACCUGGAGUCGUGAGGAUGGAGAUCCGGCCGGACAGAGUUAAGGCCGUGGCAGCGAGGACUCUCGGGAAGAUUUACGGAGCUCUCGAGAAGAGGCAGGAGAAUGGUGAGACCAUUGAGCUGUCGGCGGAGGGUCGGCCGGAGCUGGUGGAGGAGAAGGAGGAGCCCCUGAUCGACUGUACCUGCUUCGGCCUGCCCAGACGCUACAUCAUUGCCAUUCUCUCCGGCAUUGGCUUCUGCAUUUCCUUCGGUAUCCGCUGCAACCUGGGUGUAGCCAUCGUCAGUAUGGUCAACAGCCACACCGUCUUCAGAGACAACAAACAGGUCAUCGUGAAAGCUCAGUUUGAAUGGGAGCCGGAAACGGUCGGGAUGAUCCACGGCUCCUUCUUCUGGGGAUACAUAGUCACCCAAAUCCCUGGAGGAUUCAUCUGCCAAAAGUUUGCAGCAAACAGAGUAUUUGGUUUUGCAAUAGUGGCCACUUCCUGUCUGAAUAUGUUCAUCCCCACAGCCGCAAGACUACAUUUUGGUUGUGUUAUUAUCAUCAGGAUACUUCAAGGACUGGUGGAGGGAGUUUCAUAUCCGGCCUGUCAUGGCAUUUGGGCAAAAUGGGCCCCACCUCUUGAAAGGAGUCGUCUGGCUACGACAGCUUUUUGUGGUUCUUAUGCCGGUGCUGUGAUCGCUAUGCCUUUAACUGGAAUCCUCGUCCAGUAUUCAGGAUGGUCAUCAGUCUUCUACGUGUAUGGAACCUUUGGGGUCAUAUGGUACUGUUUCUGGAUCAUGGUGUCCUAUGAGAGUCCAGCAGCCCAUCCCACCAUCACAGAGGAAGAGAGGAAAUAUAUUGAAGAAAGCAUUGGCGAGUCGGGCCAGCAUUCAGUGGCGAAAUUCAGCACACCAUGGAAGGCUUUCUUCACGUCCAUGCCUGUGUACGCCAUCAUUGUGGCUAAUUUCUGCAGAAGCUGGACUUUCUACCUGCUGCUCAUCAGCCAGCCUGCAUACUUUGAGGAGGUUUUUGGGUUUGAGAUUAGCAAGGUUGGCAUAGUUUCAGCCCUUCCCCACCUGGUCAUGACCAUCGUCGUGCCCAUUGGUGGGCAAAUUGCCGACUAUCUGCGUUCCAAUCGGAUCAUGACCACCACCAAUGUCAGGAAACUCAUGAACUGCGGAGGUUUUGGGAUGGAAGCGACCUUGCUGUUGAUCGUAGGUUUCUCCCAUACCAAAGGCGUUGCAAUCACAUUUCUGGUGUUGGCUGUGGGUUUCUCUGGCUUUGCCAUUUCAGGUUUUAAUGUGAACCACCUGGACAUCGCACCACGCUACGCCAGUAUCCUCAUGGGCAUCUCCAACGGUGUGGGUACUUUAUCUGGUAUGGUUUGCCCACUUAUAGUCGGUGCCAUGACAAAACACAAGACACGGGAGGAGUGGCAGGGCGUGUUUCUCAUUGCUUCACUUGUUCAUUAUGGAGGUGUUAUUUUCUAUGGCAUCUUUGCAUCGGGCGAAAAACAAGCCUGGGCAGAGCCCGAGCAGAUGAGUAAUGAGAAAUGCGGCAUCUUGGAUGAGGACGAGCUUGCGAAUGAGACAGAGGAGCUGUAUCGCACAAGCGGAGGUGCAGGAUAUGGAGCCAUGAACCAAGCGACAGAUCCCAAUGGAGACGGACGUGUAGGGGCCGGUUGGGUCUCAGAGUGGGACAAAACCGAGGAGUAUGUCCAACGCAUCUGGAACCAACAUUACUAUGAUGGGGGAGAGUAGGUAUGGAAGUUCAGAUAGACACAGCCGAUGGUCUGCAUGUAGCCUGGAAGCCCAAACAAUAAAUCACUCAUGCGUUUUUGAGGACGUGAGGAACUUUAAAAACGGCUGAGCCUGGAAGUAGAGAUUUCAAAAAAUUGUAAG